AUGGAAAAAUGUGGGUUCCAGCCUGGGGCUAAGGCCUCUAGACGUGCACCACGUAAAAUUGGCCAUUUCUUGCUGGCGUUUGUGCUGCUCAGCUUUUUCAUCACUUCUUCUGAGACCUUUCAAGACUAUUGGAGUAGACGGUGGUGGCAAAAGCCCUCGAAGAAAAAUGUCAUUUUCUUCGUUACCGAUGGCAUGGGCCCUGCAUCUUUGUCGAUGACUAGAUCGUUCAGACAGUUUACUCAGAAUUUGACCAGAGACGACGUUUUGGUUUUGGAUCAUCAUUUGGUCGGGUCCUCAAGAACCAUGUCGUCAAGCUCUCUUAUCACCGACUCGGCUGCCGGAGCUACUGCCUUCUCAUGUGCCCUGAAAAGCUACAAUGGGGCCAUUGGCGUUGAUCCAUCAAAACAACCCUGUGGUACUAUUUUGGAAGCGGCCAAAUUGGAAGGAUAUCACACCGGCUUGGUAGUAACUACCAGAAUAACUGAUGCCACUCCUGCGGCUUUUAGCUCUCACGUCGAUUAUAGGUUUCAAGAGGACCUUAUUGCACAACAUCAACUGGGAGAUUACCCACUGGGCCGCAUGGUUGAUCUCAUUAUAGGUGGUGGUAGAACACAUUUUUACUCAGCAGAAGACGCUGUCUAUGGAUCCCGCGGAAGCCGUGGUGAUGGACGCAAUCUUAUCAAAGAAGCAAUUGAAGACGGUUGGAGCUAUGUCGGUAAUCGCAAAGAGUUUGAUUCAUUGGAGAAUGGCUAUAAUGUUAGUCUACCCUUACUUGCACUGAUGGCAGAUUACGAUAUUCCAUUCGAGGUAGACCGUGAUGAUGCCGAGUAUCCAUCUUUAGAAGAGCAAGCCAUGACAGCCGUAAAUGCUCUCACUGAAGCUACUAAAGAUUCCGAUAAGGGCUUUUUCCUUCUCGUUGAAGGAUCCAGAAUCGAUCAUGCGGGUCAUCAAAACGAUCCAGCCGCACAAGUCAGAGAAGUUUUGGCUUUUGAUAAAGCUUUUGAAGCAGUUUUAAAGUACGCAGCAGAGAGCAAUGUGGAAACCAUCUUGAUAUCAACAUCAGACCAUGAAACCGGUGGAUUAGUUACUGCCAAGCAAAUAUCCAAGGCUUACCCCGAAUAUGCGUGGUAUCCAAAAGUUUUGAGUGAAUCUCAACACUCCGGUGAAUAUUUGAGCAAGAAGCUCUUGCGUUACGACGGAAAGAGCAAAGCUGAGUUCAUUGAAAAAACCAUUUUUGAAGAACAUAUGGGUAUUUUUGAUUACAGUAAAGACGAUACGGAUGAACUGCUAAAGCUUACUUCUAUGGAGGAAUUGAAUGAUAAACUGAAUGGAAUGAUAUCCACACGCGCCCAAAUCGGUUGGACCACACAUGGUCAUAGUGCUGUGGAUGUUAAUAUUUAUGCGUACGCAAACCGCCAAAAAACUUGGUUCAACUUACUGAAUGAGCUGCGGGGAAAUCACGAAAACACUGAUAUUGGUCAAUUCAUGGUGGACUAUAUGAAUUUGGAUCUGCAAAAAGUAACUGAUCUGAUCAGAAAAACGAAACACUCUCCCAACGUUUAUGCUGCUGGUUCGAUCAAUUACGAAACCGACGAUUACCACAGGGGUAUGUACGACUGA